GUGGAGAAGGGGAAAGAGGCUGGUCUGAGGUCUUUAUAAACGUCCGAUACAUCCGCGCUUCAGUUGCACGUAGUAAAUAACAAAAAUUUGUUAUAGUGAAGAAAUAGUACUGAGGCUAUUUGCAAACCAUUUAAAGAGUGUUUAAGGACUUGUUGUGGGUGAUCACCAGUGGACAAUCAAGCUUUAUAGGUUUCCUCAAUUGAAAGAUAUGGAUGAUAUCCAGGUUGUGUCAAAAGCACCCCUGCUUGUUGACAGGGAAUUGCCAGGGUUGAGAGAGGCUGUAGCUCAACUCGUGAUAAAGGAGCACAAUGUAGAGACUCCCCAUGGAAGGAUCCACUGCACCAUGAAGGGGGUGCCCAAAGGAGACCGCCCCGUCAUCCUCACCUUCCAUGACAUUGGACUGAACCACAAGACAUGCUUUGACUCCAUGUUCCAGCAUGAGGACAUGCAGGAGAUCAUGCAGCACUUUGCUGUGUGCCAUGUCGAUGCCCCUGGACAGCACGAGGGGGCCAGCACCUUCUCUACCGGGUACGAGUACCCCUCCAUGGAUCUGCUGUCUGAGUCUCUCCCCUUGGUCCUCAAGCAUUUUGGUCUGAAGAGUGUCAUUGGAAUGGCCGUCGGAGCUGGAGCCUACAUCCUUGCAAGAUUUGCUCUGGACUACCCCACAUUGGUGGAAGGCCUUGUUCUGAUUAAUAUCAACCCCUGUGCUGAGGGGUGGAUGGACUGGGCUACAAACAAGGUCACUCCUUUGCCUGACAUGCUCAUCGGCCAUCUCUUCGGAAAGGAGGAAAUCUCCAACAACCAUGACCUUAUCGCCACCUACCGCCAUCACAUCAUGAAUGACAUGAACCAGUACAACCUUCAACACUUUGUUAAAGCUUACAACAGCCGGCGGGAUCUGGAGAUUGAGAGGCCCAUUCCUGGUGGAAAAGUCACCGUCAGAACCCUGAAGUGUCCUUCUCUGUUGGUGGUAGGAGACAGCUCUCCGGCCGUUGACGCUGUGGUGGAGUGCAAUACUAAGCUGGACCCGACAAAGACCACAUUGCUGAAGAUGGCUGAUUGUGGAGGCCUGCCCAUGGUUGACCAGCCUGCAAAGCUGACAGAGGCCUUCAAGUACUUCAUUCAGGGAAUGGGCUACAUGCCUGCUGCCAGCAUGACUAGACUGGUCCGCUCUCGCACGGCGUCCGGAUCCAGCAUCCACUCCAUGGAAGGCAACAGGAGCCGGUCUCACACCAAUGAGGGAAACCGAAGCCGGUCUCACACCAAUGAGGGAAACCGAAGCCGGUCUCACACCAACGAGAAGCGUGGCCGCUCCCACACAGACAGUAUGGAAGGCACAGCAAACAGCAGCGCCGCUCUCAAGUCCACCGAAGUGUCCUGCUAGACAACCCUUUCCCUAGACCUUUAACCUCCAGCCCUCUGGUUCCUGCUGCACUGCCACUAACCACUCUCUCUCACACACACACACACACACACACACACACACACACACACACACACACACACACACACACACACACACACACACACACACACACACACACACACACACACACACACACACACACACACACACACACACACACACACACACACACACACACACACACAAGAUUCCAUUCCAUUCAAUGCAAAGAGUUGUUUUUGUAAAGAUAUGCAAGUAUAUACUACGGCAUAAUAAAGGAAAUUCUGUAGAGGGAAGAAAAAACAAACUGAAAUUAACUGAUCCCUUCCCAAUUGCAGAGUCCAGUGGAAUAUCUAGGUGUUAGGGGCAACGCAGCUGAGCUACACCGCAACAGAGAAUGUGGAGAAAGCUGUUGCUGCAGAGCGAGUACCUAGUACACCAGUUUGUACAUUUUUCUUAUAAAUCUCUCAUAAGGAUUUUUUUGUUUGUUUGUAGUGUUUUAUCACCUGACAGUUUUCUUAAAUACAUACCUGACUGUAAAUGAGUGCUUCUUUCUGUUCUCAUUGUUAUUGUUCAUGAACUUUUCAGUGUUAUAAUUCAUGUUCUGUGUGAUAUAGGAUAGACAGUGUUAGGCCUAGAUGUGGAGAAAGAAAAGGCAAGUGGAUCAAGUUUUUUUGCUCAAAUUGAUAUUCGUCUUUGAAACCGUGGGAAGGGGGAAUCGGAAAUGAUGUUGUCCAUUCAUUUUGAGUUAAGUCUCCUGGAUGUUCUGUAUCUGUCAACUCUGUGGAAUCAAACACUUAACUGUUCUAUUCUAGAACAUUCCAUGAUACACUAUUAUUUUCAUUAAUCAAACACAACAACAACUAAAUUGAUCAGCUUUGAAUCCUAUUGCUUUAUUAAUAGAUCAUGGCUUCAGGCAAAAUAAAUCUUUUGGAUAUUUUUUGUGUGUGUAUGUAAAUGUUUUCUAUGCAAUCAAGCACGGCAGAACAAAGAUGAUGUGCCAUGGAAACCUUCUCUGACUUAAAGUUAUUUUGUUGUGAAGGAUUUGAGAGAGUCAAGCCGAUAGAUCCACAUAAUGUAAUGUGAGGAUAGUUCUCCUUAGAACGUAUCAAAAACCCUCCCACUCUUACGUGCACUGCAGCAACACUUGCCGGCUUUGUAGAACACAGGCCUACAUCGCUUUUUAAAGAUGCACAACUGCCUAAUGCUGUAGAUGAGAAGCAUUAAAUAUGGCAUAACAGUUUUGUAUUUAUUUAAUAAAUAAAAACCUAUAACUUUU